AGCAGCUAGUUGCUCCGUAGCGGCCGAAGGGGCGGGCUCGAGGGCCGAGGGAGUCUAAGCAGCUCGCGGGUCGCUCGGCCGUGUAAGAUGGCGGACAUCUCCCUGGACGAGCUCAUCCGGAAGCGCGGGGCUGCGACGAAGGGGCGUCUGCAUGCCAGGCCGGGAGUCGGAGGUGUCCGGUCGCGUGUGGGGGUCCAGCAGAGCCUCCUCAGCCCGCCAGCCCGCACCGCCACCUUCCAGCAGAGGUUUGACGCCCGGCAGAAGAUUGGCCUCUCGGACGCCAGGCUCAAGCUGGGAGUCAAGGAUGCCCGGGAAAAGCUUUUGCAGAAAGACGCUCGGUUCCGGAUCAAAGGGAAAGUGCAGGAUGCCAGAGAGAUGCUGAACUCGCGCAAGCAGCAGAGCACGGCGCCGCCGAAGCCCCGCCAGGUGGCUGAUGCCCGAGAGAAGAUCAGCUUGAAGCGCAGUUCCCCAGCCACCUUCCUGAGCCCACCCGUCGGGGCGGUGACCCCCGCCCUGAAGCUCACCAAAACCAUCCAGGUUCCCCAGCAGAAGGCCAUGGCACCGCUCCACGCCCAUCCUGCUGGAAUGAGAAUCAACGUUGUCAAUAACCACCCGGCCAAACAGAAUUUAUAUGAUUUGGAGGAAGAUGAUGACUCUGUAGCUCCCAUUCCUAGUAAACAGAUGAAAUUUGCAGCCUCGGGCAGCUUUCUCCACCACGUGGCCGGACUGAGCAGUUCCAAGUUCUCUGUGUCCAAGGCCCUCCCUCUCACCAAAGUGGUCCAGAAUGACGCGUACACAGCUCCGGCCCUCCCCUCCUCUGUUCGAACAAAAGCCUUGACCAGCAUGUCCCGGACACUCGUGAACAAGGAGGAGCCCCCGAAGGAGCUGCCGCCCACCGAGCCUGUCCUCAGCCCCUUGGAAGGCACCAAGAUGACCGUCAACAAUCUGCACCCUCGAGUCACUGAGGAAGACAUUGUGGAGCUUUUCUGUGUAUGUGGAGCCCUCAAAAGGGCUCGCCUGGUCCAUCCUGGGGUAGCAGAGGUGGUCUUUGUGAAGAAGGACGAUGCCAUUACUGCAUACAAGAAGUAUAACAACAGGUGUUUGGAUGGGCAACCCAUGAAGUGCAACCUUCACAUGAAUGGGAACGUCAUCACCUCAGACCAGCCCAUCCUGCUACGGCUGAGCGAUAGCCCCUCGGUGAAGAAGGAGAGUGAGCUGCCUCGCAGGGUGAAUUCUACCGCCUCCUCUAACCCUCCAGCCGAAGUGGACCCUGACACCAUCCUGAAAGCACUCUUCAAGUCUUCGGGGGCCUCUGUGACUACACAGCCCACAGAAUUCAAAAUCAAACUUUGAGCGAGGGCGCAGGGGGGCGGGGGGGCGGGCAGCCAGAAGCAGGGGCAGAGGAGGGUGGCUGUUUCCUAAAGCAAAGCCUGUGACCAAAGGGCCAUCGGACUGGAGGCCCCUGAGUGUGGGACGGGUCGCUGGGGGUAGAGCGCUUCCUCACCGGACAGGACCCACCUUUCUGUGUUGUGUUCUCCCCUGCGCCCUUCUGUAUGUUAACGUUUGCCGUAGUCUGUUUCUUCUCUCUCCAUCUCAUCACCGAGGUAGGUCCGUGUUGCUCGGUAUCCCUGUCCCUCGUCUCAGCCCCACAAUGAUGUAUCUGAAAAUGGUACCAUGAGUUGUCUGGAAGGCUUUCUGGUGGCUCCGUGGAGUGCAGGGCCGGGGCCUCUCUGAAGGACACAUUUUUCUCCAGGAGGCGACGAGUUGCCUCCCCUUUCUCUUUUUUAAGCUUUCAAAGUGGAGAGUGGGAGCCCCUGCCCACCCCCACCCCCGCAGGGCAGCCAGGUCUGCUUGAGAGCUGUGAGCUGUGCCACUCGCCUGCCUGGUCAUUGUGUGUGGCCUGGGGGGGGAUCAGGCCAUAGCCCUCUUGUUCUCUCUCCCCGAUUGGCCUGGAGAGGGCCGUGUGUCGGGGCGGGUGAGCCUGCUGCUCUGCCGGAAAGAGCAUCCCCGGCCCUUGCCUCCGGUGGCUCAGGGUCCCCUCUCCUUGCUUCCUGCCCUGUGCCCCAUCCCCGCUCUCCUGGGGUCUCAUGGCCAGGAGGAGAGGGCAUCGUCGGCCCUCCCAGUUCUCACCUGACAUGGCGCUUGUCACACCUGGUUUGGGUGCAGAUGUCUGCUCUCUGCUAGUUGGUUUCUCUCUUUUUUUUUUUUUUUUUUUUUAAAGGUCCGCCUCUUGUUCUUUGACACUGAGGGUCUGAGGGAUCGUUUGAAUGGGAGAUGUUGGCUUGCUCCUGGCCAAGCUUCUGGCCUCAGAUUCCCACAGGACGGUAGGGAUGCUGAGAGAGGCUCACGUGCAGCUGCCAUCUGGGGCGCCGUUCCCACCCGUCCUUCCGUGGCCAGAGGGGUCUUUCCCUGCCUUCCAGUGAAGGGCAUGGGGAAUGCUGGGUGGUCCGGAGGGUGUAGGGAGACCAGAGCAGCCCUUCAAGGUGUGUGGGGGCAGCCCUUGAACCCUAGGACAGCAGGGCUCCACGGGCCUCCUCCAUCUCCUGUUGCUUUGUGGGGACCGCAGAGGGAAUGGGGCGGCAGAGCCGGAGCGAGUUGGGCAGCAGCCGCAGAAUCCGUAGCAAGCAAGCGCUGCGAAAGGCACACGCCUAGGAAGCAGAGGGGACCUGAGACACUAAAAGCUCUCCGUGGCCUGCUUGGGAACAGCCCAGUGAAGAAAAAUCUGGAAACUCUUGUUUCCAGAGUUCUGUCUGUAAGCGGGAAGGAGGACCUAGGCUUUGAACAGCACUCGGUCCUCCCGCUCUAAGGCUGCUCAGGCCUUGGAAGUCCAUGGAAAGUACCUGAUGGUGCUUCACCCUCUGGUCCAGAGAGAAUGCUGCUUUUGUUCCCAUGUUCCCUUUUCCCCUUUUGAACGGGUGCAAACUUCGUUCUUCUCAGCAGCUGGAAGACAUUCCUCCUCCACUUUCCCCUUCCUGAUCCUUGAGAGCGCCUACAAGGCAGUGGGACCAGGUUUCUCAGGUCCUGGGGACAGUUGGAUCACUGCUUGGACUCGGCUUCAAGUAGGGAUGGUAAAUAUCCUGCCUGCAUGGCAUUACCCCCCUCCCCUUCUCCCCCGCCCCCCAGUCCCGUGCCAGGCUGCCCUGGCUGUCACAGAGUUCAUGGACCCUGUCCUGGUUAGCUGUGUGGUACACGGCCAGGUGGAGCUCGCUUGCCUCCCCUGCUCUACGGGGUGUCGUCGUGGGAAAUGGAAGAGAAGGUGGUGGGCCAGUCCUUGUGUCCCUCUCCACCUGCCACUCCUCCACAUUCCUUGUGUGUAUCUCUUGUUCAAAAGGAGAGGAAGAGACAUUAAGGGAUGGAGGAGACUAUAUGUUACUUACCCAUUUCUGAAUAAAUAUUUGUUAUUCCUA